AUGCCAAUACCCCCCAGGGCUUCACCCCUAGCCAUGGCUGCCGGCCCCGCGUCCCAUGGUGGGUGCCCCCGUGCGCAGAUGCCUCACCUAAGCAAGAUGGAGCGGGUGGUCGUGAGUAUGCAGGACCCCGACCAGGGCGUGAAGAUGCGGAGCCAGCGGCUGCUCAUCACAGUCAUUCCACACGCUGUGACCGGCAGCGACGUCGUGGAGUGGCUGAUCCAAAAGUACUGCAUCUCAGAGGAGGAGGCCCUGCACCUGGGCGUCCUCCUGGUCCGGCACGGCUACCUGUACGCACUGCGCGAGCCCCGCAGCCCCGGGCUGCAGCUUGACGAGACGCUCUACAGGUUCCAGACACCCUAUUUCUGGACGAGCACUCUGUGGCCAGCGGCGGAGCUUGACUAUGCCAUCUACCUGGCCAAGAAGAAUAUCCGAAAGCAGGGGGCCCUGGUCGACCAUGAGAAGGAGCACUAUGACCAGCUGCACAGGAAGAUCAACCACACGUGGGACCUGGUAGUGAUGCAGGCGAGAGAACAGCUGCGGGCUGCUAAGCAGCGCAGGAAGGGGGACAGGCUGGUCAUUGCGUGCCAGGAGCAGACGUACUGGCUGGUGAACAGGCCCCCGCCUGGGGUGCCGAGUGUGCUGGAGCAGGGUCCAGGGCGGGGCUCCGGCAUGGCCAGGCGAGUGCAGAUGACCAAGAACACGGAUUUCUACAAGCAGGAGAUCGAGUGCUGCACGAAGGCCCUGGGCAGGAUCCGGGUGAAGUCCUCUGUCUGCCUUGAGGCGUACCUGAAGUUCAGCAGUCAGCACCGCCCGCAUGACCCCAUCAUGUCGGGGUGCCUGCCCAGCAACCCCUGGAUCACAGAUGAUGACACCUACUGGGCCAUGAACGCACCCAAUGUGGCUGCACCCACGAAGCUCCGCGUGGAGCGGUGGGGCUUCAGCUUCCGGGAGCUCCUGGCAGACCCUGUGGGCCGGGCCAAUUUCAUGGACUUUCUCAGGAAAGAGUUCAGCGCCGAGAACCUCAGCUUCUGGGAGGCGUGUGAGGAGCUGCGCCACGGAGGGCAGGCCCAGAUCCCCACCCUGGUGGACUCCGUGUACCAGCAGUUCUUGGCCCCGGGCGCUGCCCGCUGGGUGAACAUCGACAGCCAGACGAUGGAGCGGACCCUGGAGGGCCUGCGCCAGCCCCACCGCUACGUGCUGGAGGACGCCCAGCUGCACAUCUACAUGCUGAUGAAGAAGGACUCCUACCCGAGGUUCCUGAAGUCGGACAUGUACAAAGGCUUGUUGGCAGAGGCCAUGAUACUCCCGGAGACAAAGCGACGAGUGUUCCCAUUCAUGUGGAAGCCACGGCAUUCGAGCCUGAGCCCUGCUCUCCCUCCUGCUUCUGCUUCAGUGGAACCUGUAGCUGCUGCAGGUGGCCCUGGGGGUGCUGAGGGGGAGGCCUAGGUGGGCCUGAGCCUGGAGGAGGAGGUUCCACCCCUCGCCUCUCACCACCUUCUUCUCACCCAGGGUCCUGGCAGCUGCCGAGACCCCCAGCAUGGGCAUCCCCUAGUGCACAAAGGGUGUGGCCUUGCUGUGGGGCACACAAAUCAGAUUUCCCAGAAGGGAUUGGGCCCGGUGCUGACUCCCAGGGAGGGGGUGUCAUUGGCCGAGCUUGGGUCACCUGGAGAAAGGUGGGACGAGAUGGGCAAACCAGAGCAAGGCCACGCUCCUGGCAUGUGGCAGUCUUCAGCUCCUGGUGCCCACCCCCAUCUCCAGACCACUACAUUAGCAGGCAAGUACCUGGGAGCCAGAGGUAGCCAGUAGGAGCACUUGUCACAUGGUGAGGAAAUGCAGGCUUUGCAGCUAACUUACCCACUCCACUUCCUCAGGGUGACCCCCUGGGGAUCUGCAGAGCUCCCUGGAUUUCACUGGGGCUGAGCUCAGCUUUCCAAUGAGUACAGAGCUGUCUCCACAGGUACUGCCCUGUCACUGCCGCUGUGCAUGUCCCAGGCCUGUCCGAAGGUGCACCUCCGUUGUGAAGGACACCGCUCCUUUGGGGGUACAGCUCUGACGGCUCAGCUGAGGCAGCGCCCCACCUCACAGAGCUAGGGCUCCUGCCCCUUCUUGGCACAGAAAUAAAAGACCCUCAGCCCAGGGAGCUAGUCGGUUAGUGUCCUGAUACACCAAGGUCGUAGGUUUGACCCCUGGGCAGGGCACACCUGAGAAUGAACCAAUGAAUACUAAGUAAGUGGAACAACAAACUGAUGUUUCUCUCUAAAAUCAAUAAAGAAAAAAGAAAAGAAAGGCCAUUGGCCCUCACUCUGUGCUCACAUGCUGUGGUCCAAAUCGUGGUGUGUGUGCACCUGUCGUGUGUGUGUGCGCACGAAGCAUGCAGCGGUGAGGGCGGUGGUGAAAGACGUGGGGAGUUCAGGUGUCAUGGGAGGUCUGUGUGUCCACAGAAGAGACCAGCCCCGGGCUGAACUCGGGUUGCACACCUGUGGGUGCUUGGUCUUUGGCCACAGCCAGGAACACUGUCUGCUCUGAGGCACAAGGAUGCCCAGGCUCCUGGGACGGAGCCCAUCGUCUCCUGGGCAGGUCGUGUC